UCUGCGUCCCUCGUCUCGCUUUCGAGCCCAUCAACACCCCCGUGGUCACGGUUGUCCUGGAUCAUUCAUGGCGGCGGGCUCCCACCUCCUCCCUACUACCCGUACCGACGGUGUCACCGCCCCCUUGUCCUCUUCUGCACCCGGCUGCUUAGCGCAGGCUACUAGUACCAAGAAGACGAUGCGUAGUCCGCGCCAACAACAAGGUGGACGAGAAAGAGAAACGGAGAGAGCCAUGUCCAACAGCACCGGCGAGGAGCCCGGCGCUGUCGCGGUGGGGGCGCUCGCGGCGGAGUGCUACUUCUGCGCCGGCGCGCCGGCCGUGGUGUACUGCCGGGCGGACGCCGCGGGGCUGUGCCUGCCGUGCGACCGCCACGUCCACGGCGCCAACACGGUCUCCUGCCGCCACGCCCGCGCCCCGCUCUGCGCCGUCUGCCGCGUUGCCGCGGCCACCGUCCGCCGCGGCGCCGCCCGGUUCCUCUGCUCCAACUGCGACUUCGAGGUCGAGCAGCUGACGGAGCCGCCGGUGUUGCUGCACGACUGUGGCACGGUGGAGGGCUACACCGGGUGCCCCUCGGUGGGCGAGCUCGCGGCGAUCCUCGGCGUCGCCGUCCGCGACGGGGAUAAGGUGUGGUGGCCUGUCUGGGAGGAGCCCCAGGUGCUCGCCUUCGACGACGUCAUCGUGCCGACCACGGCCUGCCAUGGCCUCCAGCCCGUCCUCACCUCGUCGUCCUCUCCCAAGAACUGGAGCGCGCCAUGCGGUGAGCUUGACGGCGAGGUUCUCCGGCAGCUAGGGGAGCUCGCCAAGUCGGAGGAGGCGGCAGCGUACGUCGAGGACGCAGAGCCGGCCGGCGGUGACCAGCUGCCUCCACCAUGGGGAUCUUCAGAUUACGCUGCUACUGGGCAUGCUGAUCUUGGGGCUCUUGGAGCUGAGCCCAUCUGCGCGGCAGCAAUCCUGCAGCGGCACCACGAGGCGUGGAUCGGGACGGAUCGCAGUGAAGCUUCCGAGCAAGUCUCGGCGGGCUCGCCGGCCGAGCCGAGCCUGUCGCCGUUCGUGGAGGUGUCGGAGGCGUGCCCCGGCCUGAGCCGCAGCGGCAGCAGCAGCGUCGACGACGCCUUAAACGGCGGACGACACGAUCACCCGUCGCCGGCAGCGGCAGUGGCAGUGCAGGCGGAAGCGCCACCAGCUCAGGCGAGCAAGAACGUCGGCGGCUACGACGUGGUCUACCCUGACCGGGACAAGGUGAUCUCGCGCUACAAGGAGAAGAGGAAAAACAGGAUGUUCGGGAAGCAGAUCCGGUACGAGUCGCGCAAGGCCCGCGCCGACGGCAGGGUGAGGAUCAACGGCCGCUUCGCCAAGUCGAGCUAGUAGUAGAUUUCAAGGACCGACGACACUUUGUCUCCGUUGUGUACCGUACGUUGUACGUAGCGUGGACGUGCGAGGGGGCGGCGACGGAGCCGCCAUGGCACACGUACUCGCCGCCUCCACGUGAUGUGUCCGUCUCACCGUGUCACUGUGCGAGCUACAUUGUGGUUAAUAUUUCUUUGUUGUUGUUGUUGCUCACAGAUCGUGCUUGUGUAUGUUAUUGGGACCGAUGCCUGUGCC